CACCUGCGCGGCAUGUGUGCACCUCGACUCAUGUUUUGGCUCGGCGUGGCCGCGACCCUCGUGGCCCUGGCGGAGGGAGCCGCCCUGGUCGCGUCUGAGCACGACCUCCUCGACGGCGACCUCCUCGACGGCGACCUCCCCGACGGCGACCUGCCGACCGCCAUCCGCGUCCGCCGACAACAGGGCCGCUACGGCGGCAGCGCCAGCCGCCAACAGAACGGCAACCGCUACGAGCAGAACGACCAGCGCAGCGGUCCGGGGCUGUCGCGCCAGCAGGCCGAGGACGCCGAGGACGACGAGGGACUGUUCUCCUGGAGCAGCCCCAGCGCCAGCCGCAACCAGCAGAACGUCGCCACGCGCUCCCAGCAGCAAGCGGGCACCCGCAACCGGCCCUGGGACUCGGAGCGCCAGCAGGCGGACCAGGGUGGCGUUUGGCCGUACGGCCAGGGCACCCCCAGCGGCCAGGGCGGCCAGGGCGGCCAGGGCGACCAGGCUGACCCGUCCCGCCGCACCUGGGGCAGCAGCGGCGGCGGCGGCAUUGGCAGCGGCAGCGGCGUGGACGGCGUGGCCACCACGGUGCAGGGCGUCUCCGCCGCGCUCGCCAACAAGUGGAACACCAAGGUGCUGGCGGCGCGCGGCCUGGCGUCCUCCCUCUUCAACACGGGCCGCGUGGCCGCGCGGUCGGGGCUGCAGGCCGGCAUGGCGCACCCCCGCUUCGCCGUCGAGGCCGUCGAGAACGUCUUCUAG